AUAAUAAUACUAAACCUGGCAACGAUGUUGGCAUCAUUAUUAUUCUUACUACUCUCUCUCUCUCUCCCCUCUGCACAAACCCAGUGAGUGGUGGUAGUGCAAAACCAACCAUCCAUCCCCCCAGAACCCCUCCCUCCCCUAAAUGCUUCAGAUAGCGUCUCUUUGGUUUCCGAGCUAAUUACCAAAGCAAAUCGCAGAAACCCAUGAUGAAAAGAGAACAUCACAGCCACCCCCACCACCCUAAUCCAAACCCUUCCAUGGCGGCUUCCACAUCCAAUGAUAAGGCAGGUAAGGCGGCGAUGUGGGAGGACUCGCAGCGCGACGACGGCAUGGAUGAGCUUCUGGCUGUGCUGGGCUACAAGGUGAAGUCUUCCAACAUGGCCGAUGUGGCCCAGAAGCUGGAACAGCUUGAAGAGUUCAUGGGGACAGUUCAGGAAGACGGGCUCUCCCAGCUGGCUUCGGAUACGGUUCAUUACAAUCCCUCGGAUCUGUCGACUUGGCUGGAGAGCAUGAUUUCGGAGAUAACUCCGCCUCCGAAUUUCGACCCGGUAAUGGCGGCGCCACCGCCGCUGAAUCACCUCGCUGGAAGCUCUGUUGUGCUGGACGAUUCGUUUUUGGCUCCGGCCGAGUCCUCCACCAUAACCUCUAUCGAUUUUGGCGAUCAACAACAACAACACAUGAGCAGCACGAACAGAAAAUCUCUCAGCCCGCGAACCCAGUUCGAGGACUGCUCGUCUUCCAAUUACGAGCUCAAGGCCAUACCUGGAAAAGCCAUUUUCAGCCAGACCCAGUUCGAUUCAUCCCCAAGAGAGCCAAAACGGCUCAAACCUUGUACUUCUUCAGAUUUCUACUCCACCACCACCACCACCAACUCGUCUCUCCAAACCGUCCCCCUCCCCCUCCCCAACAACGAGUCAACUCGCCCGGUGGUCGUGGUCGACUCGCAAGAGAACGGCGUCAGACUCGUCCACGGCCUCAUGGCCUGCGCCGAAGCCGUCCAGCGCAAGAAUUUCGACCUCGCUAAGGCCCUGGUCACCCAGAUCAGCUACUUGGCGAUUUCGCAAGCCGGCGCUAUGCGAAAAGUCGCCACCUUCUUCGCCGAGGCUCUAGCCCAGCGGAUCUGGGGGGUCUACCCUCAGCCACCGAUCGACCACACCUACUCCGAGAUGCUCCAGAUGCACUUCUACGAGACCUGCCCUUACCUCAAAUUCGCCCAUUUCACAGCAAAUCAAGCCAUUCUCGAAGGCUUUCAAGACAAGAAGCGAGUCCAUGUCAUCGAUUUCUCCAUGAAUCAAGGGAUGCAAUGGCCGGCUCUCAUGCAGGCCCUCGCUCUCCGACCCGGCGGCCCGCCCGCGUUUCGCUUAACCGGAAUCGGCCCGCCCGCCGCGGAUAACUCGGACCAUCUUCAGGAAGUGGGCUGGAAGCUGGCCCAGCUAGCCGAAACCAUUCAUGUGGAAUUCGAGUAUAGAGGCUUUGUUGCCAACAGCUUGGCUGAUCUAGAUGCUUCCAUGCUGGAGCUCCGGCCGAGCGAGGUCGAGUCUGUGGCGGUGAACUCCGUCUUCGAGCUUCACAAGCUGUUGGCUCGGCCCGGUGCGAUCGACAAAGUGUUGUCCGUGGUGAAGCAAAUGAAGCCGGAGAUUGUGACGGUUGUGGAGCAGGAAGCGAACCACAACGGUCCGGUUUUCCUGGACCGGUUCAACGAGUCGCUGCACUACUACUCGACCCUGUUUGACUCGCUGGAGGGGUCGGUCAACAGCCAGGACAAGAUGAUGUCGGAGGUGUACUUGGGGAAGCAAAUCUUCAACGUGGUGGCAUGUGAGGGACCGGACCGGGUCGAGCGGCACGAGACGCUGUCGCAGUGGCGGACCCGGUUCGACGCGUCCGGUUUCGCUCCGGUUCAUCUCGGUUCCAACGCGUUCAAGCAAGCCAGCAUGCUUUUGGCGCUCUUCGCCGGCGGAGAUGGGUAUAGAGUGGAGGAGAACGACGGGUGUUUGAUGUUGGGGUGGCACACUCGGCCGCUCAUCGCCACCUCGGCCUGGAAACUCGGCUGCUCCCAAUCGGUGGCGACUCACUGAGUCGGGUCAACGCGUUGGGUUUUUUUUUUUUUUUUUUUUCAAAUAUUUGGUGGUGCCAACCAAAACAGGGCCUAGUGGUGGGGUGUCAAAUGCCUGCCUUGAGUGAGUUGGCCCUCAAUGUGCUAUUCUGAGCUGGGGUGCGUACGUUUAGGGAGAUUGAGACCCACAAAAGCCCCCACCCCACCAUUACCAAGUCUCUGUUUUUGCCUUUUUUUUUUUUUUUUUUUUUUACUUAAUUUUGUCAAAGGGGUUAUUUUUCUGGAUCAAGAAUCAAGAGGUGGAUGAUGAUAAUGAUGUGUACCCAUGUUCAUAUGUUAUAUGUAGGUUGGUGGUGAUAAUAAAAAGAAAUUAAAACCUUUUCAACUACCA